AUGGCUAAAAGCUCUGCGAGUUAUCGCGAGGUUAUCGAAGGAGAGAGCGUGCGUAGCAACCGCUGUUGCUUAGUCACAUACCUCCUCUUUUACAAGCAAACCAAUGAGCUUUGCGUAUUUGCCCACUAAGCCAAUGAGCGUUCCUGUGGGCGUGUCAUUGCUUUGUCGUGUUCCGUGUGGAAAGUUUGCCGGCUCGGGUGCAAAGUUUCUGCCGUCUGCAAACCGUCGAUCGUCGGGCGAUGUAGAAAUGGAUGCUCGGUGACGUCUUUGUUCGAAUGUGGACCUUUUUUUCAGUUUUACUUCGGUAACUAUCGUCGAUAAACAGAGAGAGAGUGCGAGAUUUCGCUUCUAGUUUUGGUCCAGGGAGACGCUCGGCUCGGACACAUUCCUACGGCUAGCUAGCUUGUUCCAGAUCCCCGUCCUCGCUCCGUGAGUCGCCAGGUUCCGAAGGGAAAAAAUGGCUUGUGAACCCAACCGUGCCCGGCUGCUAUGCAUGCUGUCACUGACGUUUGGGUUUUUCGUCGUGGAAGUGGUGGUGAGCCGGAUCACCGCUUCCCUCUCGAUGCUGUCGGACUCCUUCCACAUGCUGUCGGAUGUCAUCGCCCUGGUCGUGGCUCUGGUGGCGGUGAGAUUCGCCGAGAAAACCCAGGCCACCAACAAAAACACCUUCGGCUGGAUCCGGGCGGAAGUGAUGGGGGCUCUGGUCAACGCGGUUUUCCUCACGGCUUUGUGUUUCACGAUUGUGCUGGAGGCGAUCGAGCGCUUCACCGAGGCCCAUGAGAUUGAGAGUCCGGUGGUGCUGGUCGGAGUGGGCGCUGCGGGCUUGGUCAUCAACCUGCUCGGGCUGUGUCUCUUCCACGGACACGCCGGCGGUGGACACGGCCAUUCCCACGGAGGGAAGAAGAGCAAAGGCGUCAAGCACCAGAAGGCUGGGAACGCGACGAAUGGAGAUGAAGCUAACCACUUGGUGGGGAACCACUGCAACCCCGGUGACACCAGACCCAAAAACGACAUCUCGCUGACAGAGGGCACCGUGGUGCAUGUCAACGGUUCGGUCCAGUGCGAGGAGCCGGAGCACGAGCACGACGCGUCCCAGCUCAACAUGCGUGGCGUCUUCCUGCACGUGCUGGGUGACGCCCUGGGCUCGGUCAUCGUGGUCAUCAACGCCAUCAUCUUCAUAUUUGUGUGGCAGCCGUGUGAGAAGGACGAGCUGUGCAUCAACCCCUGUGUCAGCACCCAUGACACGGACCACCAGCACGUCAACAACACCCUGGUGGGCAUCGACUAUGGUUCCACCAGCUCACCUCUGAAGGUAGCCGGUCCCUGCUGGGUCCUCUACCUGGACCCCACGCUGUGCCUCAUCAUGGUUUGCAUUCUGCUGUACACCACCUUCCCACUGCUGAAGGAGUCGGCGCUCAUCCUGCUGCAGACUGUGCCCAAGCAGAUCAACAUCCACCAGCUGAGCGAUCGGCUGCUGGGCCUGGAAGGAGUUCUGGCCAUCCACGAGCUGCACGUGUGGCAGCUGGCCGGCAGCCGCAUCAUUGCCACCGCGCACAUCAAAUGCCGCGAUCCCACGUCCUACAUGGAUGUGGCCAAGAGCAUCAAGGACAUCUUUCAUGACGAGGGGAUCCACGCCACCACCAUCCAGCCGGAGUUCGUCACUUUCAACUCAGAGUCCCGGGACUCCCUCUGUGAGCUCUCCUGCCGGACUCAGUGUGCUCCCAAACUGUGCUGCGGCGCCGGCGACAAACUCGUCCAGGGCUCGGACAAGAGGGGCGACUAUAAGCCCCCCUUGGCCUCGGCACUUGAGGUGGUCGUCGAGACCCCGGAUCAUGCUGCGACUGCUCGGGAUAAAAUCGCCCAGGAGGCCGAGUCUUCUCUGUGACUCAUGGGGGAGGAGUCCCGAAACCACACUCGGUGUUAGCAGGACACGCACUCUCCACCAGUCCCCGAAUAAGCAAUCAUCCUCUGUUCUGCCUUUGUUUUCAUGAUGGCAGCCCCCUGAAGGCUCGGGUUCAAACCCCGAAAGUGAAUGUUUUCCAUGGUGGCUCCCUGAGAGUGAAGCUCGGAAUGUAGUUAUGUCAGAGUGCGAGGGGGAAGCCGUGACACACUUCUCAAACAAAGUCUGCCUUUACAUUCAACCACGCGUGGAUCAUUGAUUUGUGUAGAAUAAUGAAUCAUAGUUUAUUUCAGAACCUUCAGAAGGUUGCUGGUGCGAGUCCACCGACCUCUCCGACGACAGCAGUGUUCAGCACCUUGUGUUGUCGUCCCAGGUGCCAAAGCUUCUCUCUCCAGGACUGGACGUGUCCUGAGAGCAUGCGCGCUGAGAGUCAUUCUAUUGUUCGGACCUUAAUGUUCUUUAACCUCUGGUCCUCCUUGGACGUGUUGCAUAAUAAUUAAAAUAUUUAUUAGUAAUUAUCUUUGUAGAGCCUGUGCACAUACUUUAUUUUGCAAUCAUCAGCACGUUUUUUGGCAGAUGCAGUCGUGGUUUCUCGAAAUUCCCAGGCCUUUUCUCUUGUCACUGCCUUCUUGAACCUGCUGCAUUUCAUCUCCACGUCACGUCGUGAACCAGAGUGUGUCGCUGUAGAGUCGCUGUCUAGCGUCAAGUGUCGUCAAUGUGAACCAGUAACUGGAAAGCCUUUCCCAGUAAAACUCAUGAAUGUGUCGGGCACUUCUGACAGCCAGCUGUUUCGGAGACCCUUGCAUGACCAAGAUUGAUGUCGGGUGCUUGUUUCUGUUCAAUCACCAGGAGCUUGACUCAGGAGCUCCAGCUGCUGCUUCACCAGAACCCACUGGUGUCCUCCGACUGUAAGUCUCACCUGCCCUCUGUUCUCGGGCAGGUGAGCCGGCUGUUCAAGUUUGGAUCAAGUCCACAUGGUGGCCUUUUGUACUCGUAACAAUUCCCCUCGCUCUUCAGGUUCCGUGAAGAGUUCCACUCCUGAUAGAAACGUGUAUGCAAUGUCGCUGUGCUGGAAGUCUUUUUUGGCACAUCUGGAGUCACUUUUAUUCCACGUCUGUUUCAGACUUGAUUUCAAUGUGAUAUCUGGAAAAAAAAGUUUUUUAUUAUUUUAUUUUAGAUAUGACAUGUCUGCUGAUGUGUUUUGAUAUAUCAAAUGUCCCUGUCCAAUGUGUUCAGUUGUGAAAUAAACUGUUUGCUACAGUCUGUAU